AAGGUGGUGGUCAUCCAGGGAGAUAUUACAGACUACAGCAGCGUGUCGGAGGCCUCGAGAGGAGCCGAUGUCGUCAUCCAUACGGCCAGCUUGGUGGACGUUUGGCACAGAAUCCCGGAGGGUCUCAUCCACUCUGUCAACGUCACAGGAACAGAGAACGUGAUUAACGCCUGCGUGGAGAACGGCAUCCAGUCCCUGGUCUACACCAGCAGCAUGGAAGUGAUCGGCCCCAAUGUCAAAGGAGACCAUUUUAUCAGGGGUAACGAAGACACACCUUACAACGUGAAUCACUCCAUGGCCUAUCCGAAGAGCAAGGCGAAGGCAGAGAAAAUUGUGCUUGAAGCUAAUGGGACAAAGGUGAAAGGUGGACAGUGUUUGUACACAUGCUCUCUGAGGCCGACGGGGAUCUACGGCGAAGGGCACGAGCUGAUUAGGGAUUUCUACAAGAUGGGAGCAGACAGAGGAGGAUUGAUCAUCGGGGGAGUGCCUGACCACACUGAACAUGGACGAGUCUAUGCUGGCAACGUGGCUUGGAUGCAUCUACUCGCAGCCCGUGCUCUGAGACAGCAGCCGCAAAUAGUCGCCGGCGAGGCUUUCUUCUGCUACGAUGACUCACCGUACAAGAGCUACGAAGAUUUCAACAUGCUGUUCCUCUCCACGUUCAACUUCCGAAGGGUCCGCAUGCCCUUCGUGGUGCUCUGGUUCAUGGCCAUGGUGAACGACGUGCUCCGCUGGAUGCUGAGCCCCUUCCACAACUACACGCCGUUGCUGAACAGUUACACGUUGGCCGUGGCCAGCACCUCCUUCACGGUGUGCACGGAUAAAGCGCUGCGUCACUUCCAGUACAGCCCUUUGUACGACUGGGACCAGUGUCGAGAGCGCACGCAGAAAUGGGUCAACACGUUCCCUCAGGAGAACCCCAAAGACUCUUAAAGUGACCUCAACCGCUGGAAACCCCGCAUCAGAUGCUGCUACUGUAUGUAGGCACGCAGGACAACCAAAUAUACACAUGUAACCUGCUGUGAGGUGACAAUAUAAAGAAAAGUACUGUAUUUGCAGUGUUUUUUUAAUUCCAACUGUGGUUCAGUGAGCUUUAUUGAAGUAUAAGAACAGCAUAUACGCACAUACAGAAUAACAUUAAAAAGCAUGCUCAUAGACAUUUAAUCAUUCAAUUACAGGUUGCCUGUGUAAUGAGGUGCUUUUAUGUGGUUUUAUGUCAUUGUUUAGUAUUGCAGCAGUUAUUUUGUGCCUACAAACUAUCCAAAAAAAAAGGUAUCUUCUACCACUACCUGAAGAAUCUUUAUGAAACGAAAAAGCAAUAAUUUUCAAUGAAAUGUAAAUCUAUUUCAAUGAUGUCACUCAGAAUUUUUCAGUAUUUAUAAUAAGUCCGAAAUUCAGUAACAAAUGGUAUUUUUGUUUUUUUAAACACACGUUCCAAAGACAAACAUGAGAAGGUAAAAAGAAAAGUGAAAGGAUGUAAAACAGCCGAGCGUGAGAAUACUGUAUGAAAUGUGGAAACAGUAGUUUUGAAAAGGUGGUUUCUGUACAAGUUGAUUUUAAAGAAGUAGUUUUUGAACUAUGACACUGAUCUUCGCUGUGUAAGUGCUGAUGGAAAGUCCUUAGAGAUGUGUGCAAAAUCCGUUACUACUGCAUUUGUUUUUUGUUUUGUUUUUUUUAAGCUUAAUUGAAUUAAAUUAAAUUAUUUGUUAAGAUGAAGUACUGAUUAGAAGCUUUGUUAAAGGACUAAUUUAUAAUUGGACUCCACUGGAUUCAGGGCACAACCACCAAAGGAACUGUGCCUUAUUUAGUUUAGACUGUGCUGUAGCAUUUAGAUAUUUAUCUAUUUCUACAUCACAUAUUAAACAACGUCAGCAUUUGCACCUUUUUGACAGAUGUAAACAUAUUUUACAUGCAAUUACUACACCUAUAUGGACUUUACAAAUGUAUUGUUGUAAUAUUGUAUCUUUCCUAAUUUAAAUAUGUGAAUGUUUUUUGUAAUUAAUGUAAAAAAUUAUGUGUUUUUAAUUGUUAUUAAAGAUUAUUUAAUAUA